AUGUCUCUGCUAUUGAGCGGCUGGAACAGACGGUUGAUUACAGUUCGGAAUUAUCGCGAUGAGCUUGACCGAUUUCCAAGUAUUCAGUCGAAUAAAUUGAUUGUUUAUUUCACUAACUUUACAUAUAAAAUCUUGAACUUUGAGAAAGUCAUCAAGAAUAGCAGUUCUCGCUACUUCAACACACUGUUUUACGCUCCGGGGUUGCGUUACAAUAGAUCAUUCACAAUGACUACAACUUCUGUGUGGAAACCCGAGGAUCACGUACCGCAAGAGGUCAAAGAUCUUCUUUCCAGCUCUGAUCAAAACCAUGUUUUGGCUUUUAUGCAUGUGGUAGAAUUACUCAAGGUUCAAAAACGUACAGGUUGGUUGGACCACAACAUCAAAGAGUGCGAGAGCAUUGCUGACCAUAUGUAUCGUAUGGGUAUUACAAGUAUGCUCAUUACGGACCCUGCUGUCAACAGAGAUAAAUGCGUGCGUAUCGCUAUGGUGCACGAUAUUGCCGAAUCUCUGGUGGGUGACAUCACGCCUUUUGAUCCUGUGGGAAAGGAAGAAAAGCACUUACGGGAAUUGGCUACGAUCAAUUAUCUGUGCGAAGAACUAGUCAAACCGUACAAUCCAGUUGCCGCGCAAGAGAUUUUGGACGAUUGGCUCGCGUAUGAAAAUAUAGGCUCUUUGGAAGCCAGAUACGUCAAGGACAUUGACAAGUUCGAAAUGCUAGUCCAAUGUUUCGAAUACGAAAAGAGAGCAGGCGGAAAGCGAGACUUGAAUCAGUUCUGGGAUGCCAUCAAGAGCAUCAAGACCGAGGAAGUACAAGGCUGGGCCCGUAAUCUAGUCCAAAAGCGCGAAGCUUUUUACUCUAAUCUGAGCAAUUGA